UCAGGACAGACCUGCAGUACACCAAUAAUUCUGUGAGAUCUCAUCAGACCUGAAUUUUCCUGAUUGCCAUCUGAUCAAGAUCAAACAGGUUCUGGGUAUAAAGGCUCAUCACAUCAGCUUACUGGAUCCACAACCACAUUUAUCUGCAAUAAGAUACUUUCUCGUUCUAGACUGAGUUGAAGGGGAUCUCUCCAUAACAGGCCAUGAGGGUGAGCCGGGUGUUACAGCUGUCCAUCUGCCUGGUGGGCCUCAGCCUGGCAUGGCGCUCCCCACCACCAGGCAAACCCUCCAUAGAGGGGGGUGGCCAGGUUCCUGUGGGCCAGAUACAGGUGCUCUCUGUGGGGCUGCUCCAACUGCUCCAGGGGGUGCAGGAGAGUGCCUGGAGGAUGGAGAGGCAGGGCGACCAAGUGUCAGAGGAGCUGAUGGGAGACACCCAGGCUGUGGAGAGGCUUCGAGAGCAAGGUGUGCAGGUAGGAAGGACCCACAGGCAGGUGACAAAGAACCUCCAGAUGAUGACAGCACAGAGCGACAGGCUAGAGAAUGCAGCCCAGGACGUGCAGCUGGGACUGGAGACUUUAUUGGCCGAGCAAGGUGCCUUGGAGCUCAGGAUGUGCCGUGUCCUGGAGAGGGUGCAGAGCAUAACCAAGCCAGUUCUAAGGAUGGAAAAGCAGCUUAAUAUGAACCUGAUGAAGGCGUCUCGUAUCAGAGGGGAGAGGCCUCCCACCAGCGCUGAGGGCAGAUUCUGAUGAUGGCUCUGGCUUUUGUCUGGGCAACAACCACAGCUGCAUCAAUAUAAACACUCCAUUCAAAACUAUAAGAAAACAACAUAGUUAUAGUGGAAAUCUGAGAAAGAAAGACACAUAGCAUUAUUCAUACCAUAUUCAAGCUUCAUUUCUUCAUCCAGAUACUAUGAGAUCAUCUGAUUGGAAUUUUAAAAGGUAGACAUCCUUGUUGGGUAAUCUCCAAAGUGGUGUGGCUCUGUGUUAAUGUUUGAGGUUCAUAUUUGGAAGCUUUGUAUUGCAAUCCCUUGUCAGCUGGUGCCUCUAGGGCAAUUCAGGCAGAUGUUAGAGGGCCCUUUUACUGAAGCAUGUGUUUGUUUCAUACAAUUGUGUUUUGCUUUUGAUGUUUUCUUUUCUUUUCAUGCAUUGUGUAAUUAAUGUGUAUAGAUAUCCAUACUAGUGUUUAUUGAUGUGUUCAUGCAGGGCUCAUCUACAAAAGAGAUCUUGGUCUCAGCAUGACUCAAUGCUUAAAACUGCAAUAUGUAACUUUUUGGGAAACUCCACCAAAUUGACAUAGACAUUUGUGUUAUAUAUCUGUCAUUCGCAUUGAAAGCAAGUCUAAGAAGCGGUAGAUCUGUUCUAUGUGCACUAUUUCUAUGCUACCCAUGCUUAAGUUUUGUUUUUGCAUCUUUUACUUUAGCUUUUGUACACCAACUUCAAACAGCUGAAAAUACAAUAUUUUGGGUUAUGGACAAUAUAUUUUACAGUGGUUUAGAUGGUACAAUGAUUCGCUACACUAUAUUGCUUGUUUUGCCACAUAAACUGAAAUUAGGCAAACUAUUUGAAUUUUAGCAACCAGUAUAUUUCUGCAUAGUUAGUGCAUCUUUAAAUAAAGGCAAACCCUUUUUAAAUAAAUGCAACCACAAUCAAAUAAACAGAUUCAAGGUAAUGGACUGGAUCAGACUGCCUGGGAAAAAAAUAUUCCUGUCAACUUUGGCUGAUUGGCUAAUUCUCCUUGAACGUAAAAAAAAAAAAAAAAAAAAAGGGCUCUGUGGCUGUAUUCUAGAGGUACAGGAGACCUCAUCUUUUCAGCUGUCCGACAACCAAAUGUGGCAAAGGUUGUGUGUGAAAGCUUUGAGGACUGUCCUAUCUGAUGGCCUCAAGUCUGUGAGAUCUAAAUGCAUGAAUGCUGUCCGACUGUUGUUCCCAAAAAUAAACAGCCAGAGCAACAAACUCUGACCCAACAUGACAAAGAGAAUAUACAGUAAUGUUCCUGUAAAUCUAUUUGAAAUGUGCCUACAGUUCUUCAUUUGACUUGGACAUUUUAGCCAUUUAGCAGACGCUCUUAUCCAGAGCAACCUACAGGAGCAAUUAGGGUUAGGUACUUUGCUCAAGGCCACAUCGACUGAUUUGUUUCACCUAGUUGGCUCGGGGAUUCGAACCAUCGACUUUUCUGCACAACACUCUUACCCGCUAGCUACCAGACACCCCACUGACAUACUCCAACAGGUCUUUACUCUUGAAUUCAUUUACAUUUAAUUUCAGCCAACCUAUGUUACCAGAUAUUGAAGAUGGAAGAUCAAAGCAAACUGAGUGUGCAAUUUCAUUGUCACACACAAUAUGUUCAGUUUCAGGUAUGAUCUUUGUCAUAUUGUGUGGAGUAUGAUAAUGAGCUUCAGAGUAUAGUUGCUCUAGGCUAUCAUGAUUCUGAACUACACUGAACAAAAUUUAAUGCAACAUGUAAAGUGUAUGUUUCAACAUGCAACACGUUGAAAUUAAAGAUCCCCGAAUA